AUGGUCAACUUAGCCUCAGGUUUGCUGGGUGCCAUCCUCCUUGUUCGUCACGGCGAUCGUUUGGAAUUCUUCCAAGAUCCUUUGACGUAUACGCCAUCGGAGACGACACUCACGCCUCUCGGCACUGUUCAAGCGUUCAACCAAGGGGAUUUCUUUAGGCAAAGAUACCUUCAACCUGGCCCCAACCGCAUCGACGACCUGAACACUGACCUAGUUGAUAUCAAUCAACUAAUUGUUCGCGCCGACGCUGCUGGGGAAGGCAACAUCAUCUUUGAGUCUUGCAUUGCCUUCCUCCAGGGAUUCUACCCGCCAACCACACAGUUCAGCACUACGUUAGCAAACGGUACCACCGUUCUGGGUGCCAUGGGUGGUUACCAAUACGUUCCCAUCGAAUCCGUUGAACCUAACCAGGACAUAUCCUUGAACAGUUUUACGUCUUGUCCUAACUUCGAACUCCACACAUCUGCCUUCUACAACUCUCCCGAGUUCUUAGCCAAGGCUGCCGAAGCUGCACCGUUCCUGAACCAGCUCAAGCCCUUCCUGGGUGAUCGCGACGUCAAUUUCACUAAUAUGAUAUUUGACUUUGUCAACGUCAACAUGAUCCAUAAUGCGACCUUCCUCCAAAGUCUACCUCCCACGUUCGCUGCCCAGGCUUACGAUCUGGGCAACUUCCACGAGCGUGGUGUGUUCUCCGACACCUCUCCGUCCGGUAUCGGUAACAUUGCUAUCCGUACAAUCCUUCCGUCCAUCUUCACGAACCUGAAGCGUAUUGCCAACUCGACCGAUCCGCUCAAAUUCGCGCUCAACCAGAUCAGCUACAAACCAUUCAUUAGUCUGUUUAACAUCACCGAUGUUCCUACCGGCUCGCCUGAUGUCUUUGGCAUUGUUGACUACGCCUCCGCGGUCGCGCUCGAAGUUAGGAAGCCUGACGAUAGGGAAGCUACCGUGAGCCUGACGUUCAGGAAUGGCACCACCACCGAUGCCCGUCUUCUACCCAUAUUCAACAAUCAGACCGCGGUCCCCAUUUCGCAAUUUAUAUCAACCCUAUCAGCUGCAGCCGUUGACAACACAGCUCAAUGGUGCACGGCAUGCAAUCAACAUACGCUCCGCGGUUGUGCUGUUUGUACCGCCUAG